AUGGCUCCCCACGCUGACAUUGCUGCCAAUGGCGCCGUGAACGGGUCGGCUCCCAGAUCAGACCUCUUCAAGGUCGAGUCCCCCAACGUUGUCUAUACGGACAACGAGAUCAAGAGUAAGUAUGUGUACCGCACGACUGCCGUCACCCGCACUGGCGAUGGUAAGUAUGUUGCCACCCCCAAGGAAACCGUCUACGAUUUCAAGGUGGACCGGAAUGUGGGCAAGAUCGGUAUGAUGUUGGUUGGCUGGGGUGGUAACAAUGGAACCACCGUCACCGCCGGUAUCAUGGCCAACCGCCGCAACCUCGUCUGGGAUACACGCGAGGGUAAACGCUCCGCCAACUACUACGGCUCCCUCGUCAUGGGCUCCACCGUGAAGCUCGGCACCGAUCCGAAGACGGCUGAGGAAAUCAACAUCCCGUUCCAUGAUCUGAUCCCUAUGGCCCAUCCCAAUGAUCUCGUCAUUGGCGGCUGGGACAUUAGUGGUAUGAACUUGUCCGAUGCUAUGGAUCGCGCCGCAGUCCUGGAGCCUUCUCUUAAAGAGCUCGUCCGUAAGGAUAUGGCCGCUAUGAAGCCGCUCCCUAGUAUCUACUAUCCUGACUUCAUUGCCGCUAACCAGGAGGAACGUGCUAAUAACGUCCUCCCCGGCUCCAAGGCCUCCUGGGAUCACGUCGAGCAACUCCGUAAGGAUAUUCGCGAUUUCAAAUCUUCCAACGCCCUGGACAAGGUAAUCGUCCUCUGGACCGCCAAUACCGAACGUUAUGCCGAUCUGUUGACUGGGGUCAACGACACCGCCGAUAAUCUUCUCAAAGCGAUCAAGGAUGGACAUGAGGAAGUGUCUCCAUCCACCGUCUUUGCGGUUGCAUCCAUUCUUGAGAAUACUCCGUUUAUCAACGGAUCUCCUCAGAAUACCUUUGUUCCAGGUGCCAUUCAGCUUGCUGAGCAGCACGGUGCUUUCAUCGGCGGUGAUGAUUUCAAAUCCGGCCAAACCAAGAUGAAGUCCGCUCUUGUCGAUUUCUUGAUCAACGCCGGCAUCAAGCUCACCUCCAUUGCGAGUUACAACCAUCUUGGAAACAACGACGGAAUGAACUUGAGCUCUCACAAGCAAUUCCGUUCCAAGGAGAUCUCCAAGUCCAAUGUCGUUGACGACAUGGUAGCAGCCAAUCAUGUCCUUUACAAGAAGAAUGAACACCCAGACCACACUGUUGUCAUCAAGUACAUGCCUGCUGUUGGUGACAGCAAGCGCGCCCUCGAUGAAUACUAUGCGGAAAUCUUCCUUGGUGGCCACCAAACCAUCAGCAUGUUCAACGUUUGCGAAGACUCCUUGUUGGCCUCCCCCCUCAUCAUCGAUCUUGUGUUGCUCGCUGAGGUUAUGACUCGUGUGAGCUGGAAGGCUGCCGACGGCGACAAGUACAAGGGCUUCCACAGCGUGCUUAGUGUCCUGAGCUACAUGCUCAAGGCCCCACUGACCCCUCCCGGAACCCCUGUUGUGAACGCAUUGGCCAAGCAGCGUGCUGCUGUUACCAACAUUUUCCGGGCCUGCGUUGGCCUUCAGCCCGAGUCAGACAUGACUUUGGAGCACAAGCUUUUCUAG